AUGAAUUUUGAAGAAUAACUUUAGUAAAUUAUUUAAGGAAUAUUCUCUCAAAAUAAUUAGAUCAGAAAAUAAGGGGAAGAUAGGUUAGCUUAAAUUAGAGAAGUAUAACCAAAUGAAUUUGUUAUACAAAUGCUUAAUCUUUGUAGACAUGAGGAAUUAAAAAUUAGGCAAUUUGCUCCUGUUUAUUUGAGAUAUAGUCUAUCGAAAUUUGCUCCAAAGAGUCAUAAGAAUAUUUGGAGUAAAUUGAUUUCAGAAACAAAAGAAACUCUUAAAUUGUGUUUGUUUUAAUGUAUUGAAGUGGAAAAUAGUUAAAAUGUUAGAAAUUAAUUGUGUGAUACAAUAGGAGAGAUAGGUGGAUCUUUGUAUGAGGAUGAUAAUCAUAAUGAAUGGCCAAAUUUAUUAUAAACUUUAUGGCAAAUGUUCUUAUCACCAAAGAAUGACAUAAUAGAAUGUGGAUUUAAAAUAAUUGGGAAUCUCUUUAUAUAUUCAAUUGAUCAAUUUGAUAAACAUUAACAAGAUCUUCAUACUUUAUUUGUUUAAGGAUUGGCAAGUCCAUAGAUCAAAAUUAAAUCAUCUACUAUGCAUGCUCUAGGAAAUUAUAUUAAAUAUUCAUUACCUGCAUAAUAUAAGAUCUUUUAAGAUUUAAUAUCAAAUAUGAUGAAAUCUGCACUCGAAGUUACAAUAUAAGAUCUAUCUUUAGGAGAAGGAAUCAUGGAAGUAUUCUCUGAUAUAGUGGAUUCUAAACCAAAAUUCUUUAGAAAAUAAUAUAAUAUUUUCUUUAAUGGAAUUUAAGCAAUCUUUAGAGAACCUCAAAUUGAUAUUGGUGUUAAAAGAAUUGGAACUGAAACUCUAUUGAGUUUGGUUGAAAAGUUUCCAGGAUUAUUCAAAUUUGAGAAAAUUUAUUUAAUGUAAUUGGUUGAAAUGAUAUUCUUUCAUAUGAUAUAAAUUAGUCCCACUAUUAGUGAUGAAUGGAUGAAACCUCCUGAAGGAUUUAAUGAUAAUGUAGAAUAGGAUGAAGAUUGUGAAACAACAAAUUUUGGAAUGUCUAGUAUAGAUAGAUUAAUAGAAUCAUAAGGUAAAAAGGAUAUGUUACCUGUUUUAAAUCCAAUAGUUAGUGAAUUAUUAAGACAUCAAGAUUGGAGAUAUUAACAUGCAGCUAUAAUGGCAUUAUCUUAAGUUGGUGAAUACAUAGAUUAAGUUGCUGAUAUUAAACCAACAAUAGAUUUAAUAUUACCUAUGCUUAACAAUAGCAAUCCUAUGAUACGAUAUGCUGUAUGUCAUGCUAUAGGUUAGAUUUCUGAUGAUAUGAAACCCAAAUUUUAAGAUUCCUAUUUGCAUUUAGUAAUUCCAGAAUUCUUGAAUCGUCUAACUAUUGAGGAUGUGUCUAGAGUAAGUUCUCAUAUUUUAGCUGCUCUAACAAAUUUUGUUGAAGGAACUGAAAAAGGCAUUGAAAUAUAUUUGCCUAAUUUAAUUUAAAUGUCUAUCAAAUUUUUAAAUACAGGCAUUUCUAUUGAAAAAGAAAAUGCUAUUAGUGUAAUUGCAGCUACAGCAGAAUCAAGUAAAAAACAAUUCAUUCCCUAUGUUAAUGAAUUGCUUCCUCUUUUAUUCUAAAUUUUUACGAAUCAUUAAACUAAACAAUACAGAUAAUUGAAAGGCUAAGUUAUUGAAACAAUCACUUUAAUAGCUUCAGCAGUGGGAGAGUAAGUGUAUCUACCCUAUCUAUAAUAGACAGUUUAGAUUCUAAUAUAAGUAUAGACAAAUAAUUUGGAAGUUAUUGAUCCAUAGAAGUCUUAUGUACUUUCAGGAUGGUAAAGAUUAGCAUUAAUUUGUCCAUAAUAAUUGGCUAAAUAUCUUGGAGAUGUAGUACCUUCAUUAUUUUAAUUAAUCGAAUUAGUUUUUAAUAUCAAUUCAACAGAAUCAAAUAAUGAGGAAGAAUUGCAUACUUAUGAUAAUGAAGAAGCCUAGGUUGCCAUUCAUACGUUAUCUGUAUUCAUUUAAGAAUUGAAACAGUCUUUCUUUCCUUUUGUGGAGAGAUGCAUUAAAUUAAUUGUGCCAUUGUCUUAAUUUAGUUCUGAUUCAAACAUUAGAAGUGCUGCUUGUAAAUGCUUAGUAAAUUUAGUCAAGAAUGUUAAAGAAACUAACAAUCCCUAAUAAUUGAUAAAUGGAGCUAAGUAUUUUCUUGGAAUCAUAUUGGAAGCAGCUUUUAAGGAAUAUGAUCCAAUUGUGAUUAUUGAACAGAUUAAUAGCAUCAAGGAAAUAAUUGAAUUAGUUUCUUAGCCAUUUAUGACCACAGAGGAAGUUACUGAAUUAUCAGAUAAAGUAUUUAAAUUAUUACUAGAAUCUGAUAGAAGAAAGGCUGAUAAUGAGAAUUUGGCUAAGGAUGAAGAUGUAGAUGAGGAUGAGAAGAAUGCUAUUAAGGAAGAAACAGAAACUGAAGAAAAUUUACAUGUUAAGAUUGCUGAAUGUAUUGGUGCUUUAUUCAAAACUCAUAAAGAAUUUGUUCUUCCUCUUUAUGAAAUAAUUUGCAAUUAAAUAUUACCUAAAGUACUUGAUUAAUCAAAAUCUCCUAAGAUGCAUUAAUUUGGAAUCUGUUUAAUUGACUAUAUGAUUGAGUAUUUGGGAUUCCCAUAUAUCUAAAAUAAAUUCAUGGAUCUAACUUAAGCUUUAACUGUAUAUGCAUGUGAUAGAGUAUGUUAUGUAAGAUAGGUAGCUGUAUAUGGAAUAGGUGUGAUGGCUAUUAAUACUCCAUAAGAAUUGUAUAUGUAAGUAUCAUAAUCUUUAUUGAAAUCUUUGGUUGAAUCUUUGAAAAUACAAAUAAAUUAAGAUGAUAAUGAAAGAUAAUUUGGAUUAGCAAGAGACAAUUCAAUAUCUGCUUUAGGUAAGAUUAUUAAGUCACAUCCGAAAUCACUUGGAUAAGAUUUAAUUUAAGGUAUAGAAACUUGGCUAUAUUUAUUACCUUUAUAAUAUGAUAAACGAUAGGCUUAUAUUCAGCAUAAUUUAUUAGCUGAAUUCAUCAUUUAAGAUGGAGAUCUAUUUGUCAAUGGUAAAUCUGAAAAUGCAUUACAAGUAUGAUGAUAUUAUUUAUAGAUACUAAAAAUAAUUGCUAAUUGUUAUAAAUCAAAGUGGUCUACAGCAUAAAUAGAUUCUAAAUUAAUUAGUGCACUUAGGAUAUUAGAAUAGUUAGAUUCAGUUAAAGUAUAUCUAUAAGAAGUAUUUAAAAAAUUAAGUUCUGAAGAUUAAAAGAAAUUAUUAGAAAUACCUAAAUGA